AAUGGAAUAUUUUAAUUGAUUCCCCAUCCAAAUUUAGCAUUGAUUCUGUAAGAUUUAUUAGUACAGAAAUGAUAUGAUAAAUGUUCAGACUUAAUGUUUUAUAUUUAAUCUUUGUAGUAUUUGUUUAUUGUAUAAAAAUUGCAUCCUCGUUAACAUUGGAUCUAAAUAAUACUAGUAUGUCCGAAUUUCAUACAUUAAAAAUUGUUGGAAAUGGAAUAAUUAAAACCACGAUAUUCUCAACACCAGAUAGACCAAUAACUAAAAUAUGUAAAGGUUGCAGGGGGAUCUGGCAAGCCCUUCCGGGUGAGUCAGCGAAAUGCGUUACUUAUAUUACAUCUGAAUUGUCGAAAAAGAUUCUUAUGAUUAUUGAGGUUGAUAAUCCCGUUAAACAUCAAGUUUAUUAUCUCAACAGAUGUCGUACCCAUUAUGUUUAUAUCACUCGGGAACAAUUUGAAAAAGAAUUUGUCGAAAUAUCUUACCCACCGUCAGGUAAGGUUCCCAUUCCUAAACUGAAGAGGCCUGAACCAAUCACCGAGGCACUACCUGUUACUUACGAAGAUAAUAACCCUAAUAAGCUAAGAAAACUUAUGAAAAAACCUGAAACUGCAGAAACAACAAUUGGUAACAGAGAAAAAUCAUCUCAAACACUUAUGCAAACACAAGUCGUAGAGACUCAGUUACAACCAGAUCUGUUAGAGCCUGAAAUUGUUCAAGUAGAGGUGGAAUCAGAAGACGAUGAAGAGGGCCGUGAAGUACAACAACUUCAACCAUCAUUUUAUAAUGAUAGUGAAUUAUUAAACGAACCACUAUUUGAAGAAGAUGUGGAGAAGUUGUUGGAAAGUGAACUUGAAGAUAUUGGUUUAUCGGAAAGUGAACUUGAUUCAUUAUUUGAUGACACAAGUGAACAACAAAAUUAUGAAAACGAGUCAGAAAAAUCAUCAAACGAUUAA